AUGAGAAAGACACUGCUUCUCGUCUUUAUCCACGGCUUCAAGGGUGGUGAUGAUACCUUUGGGAAUUUCCCUGCGCAGCUGCGCACUCUUGUGAGCAAGGCAUUGCCUGCUGUCCAGGUGGUCACGGCAGUGUACCCAAAGUAUGAGACCAAAGGCGACCUGAAAGAGACCGUGGGGAGGUUUCGUGACUGGCUACAAAACACCGUGAUUGACUUAGAGGUUGCAAACCACACUGCAUCGCCCACCGUCGACCCAUCUGUCCAUGUUUUUCUAGUUGGGCAUUCCAUGGGAGGGAUUGUGGGCGCCGAGGCGCUGCUGCUGCUGGCUGCAGAACAACCUAUUUCUCACAACGCUGCGCCAGGUACAUCGGCAGCUCAACCGGAUGGUGGCCCACCUGUCGUGGAACCGGGCACCUUCAUGUUUCCGCAUGUCCAAGGAGUACUUGCCUUCGAUACGCCCUUCUUGGGAAUCGCCCCAGGGGUGAUGGCAUAUGGAGCUGAAGAACACUACCGUAAUGCUACCACAGCCUACAACACCUUUUCCGAGGUUGCAGGAAUUUUCGGUAUUGGGAAAAAUGACAAGGCUGCACAGCCUCCAAAGGAACCGCCCAAGGCCUUGCCCGCAUCGUCCGAUGCUGCAGCGACACCGCAAUGGCAGCGAUGGGGCCGAUAUGCCAUGUUCGCCGGUGCCGCCGGUGCUGUUGCGGCCGGCGGUGCCGCCAUGUAUUCCCAGCGCCAACGCCUGACUGAAGGACUGACCUGGGUAUCCUCGCAUCUCGAGUUUGUUGGUUGCCUGGCGCGGGCAUCGGAUCUUCGACAGCGUCUGGUGGGAUUAUCGAAAGUGCAGGAAGAGCGUGGAAUCGGCUGCGUCAAUUUUUACACCUGUCUGGGAAAAGGCGCGACUUCUCUUGUGGAAACCAUAGGCACGAGCCAAACCUCGUUCAGCCAGAAUAUCAUUCGGUCGAAGAAUCGGACCUUCUGCUCACUUCCGUCCCAUAUGGAGGGCGACGAAGGGGCAGAGGGCGUGGAGCAGCUCGGUCUCCGGUGGACGAAAGCUGUCAAUGACCAAGCCUCCGACGAGGUUAAAGCGCACAUCACGAUGUUUCUACCUAAAGAAAACCCUGCAUUACCUGCACUUGUCGGAGAAGCCUGCAAAACUCUGGUGAAAUCGAUCGACAAGGGCUGGUACCGUACGGCGUCAGGCCCUGUUGAAACGGAGAGUGAUGCGCGACGCGCACACGCACCGCCAAGGCCAGAAGACGACUUUAUGGACGGCGAUGACGUGGUGGUUGUGGAGUGA